GACUUCACUUUGCGAUUUGCUCCUUUUUUUGCCGGUGUCCGUGCUUUAACUAGAAAUUAUAACAAAACAGUCUUAUCAGCCGCGUGACAGUGCCACAAUGAAAAGGCGUUUAAAAUAUUUUUUCAAGAUAGCUAAGUAGCAUUAGCCAUAGUAACUGAACUGAUCUGAGGGCAGCAGAGGUUGCCACGGUAACCUGCAGCGUCAGUGCGGUAAAUGAAAGUGAGUGUGCGGACAUGUCAGAAAACAGUUUGGCCUUAAGCGCGUUUGGGACUUGGACCGUCCGCACCGUCCGCUGUAACUGAACACAAGUAAUCCAUCUGUGAAAGAGGCUUAAGACAUGGACAACUGUGAUUUGGAGAAGCUCUCCGUCUCUGGUGCGAAGCUCCAUCCAGCGUUCACUCCAGAAGUCACACACUACAAAGUGACAGUUGAAUGCAAUGUCAGCGAAGUGACUGUGGACUUGAUUACUAGCGACUGUGGGGCUUCAUACAGUAUUCUCUUUGGUGACGGUUCCAGCACCAUUAAACUGAAUGAUGGGUUAAACAGAGUAGAGAUUGAGGUGGUGGCUGAGGAUGGCACCAUAAAGAAAUACUGUGUGGAAAUCACCAGGCUGUCUGCAAAAGUUGCAGAGCUCAGUAAUCUGGCUUUGGAUGGAGAUAUUCCACUGCAUCCUGAAUUUUGUACCAACAUCUAUGAAUAUAAUAGCCUCGUUCCCUUUCACUGUAACGCUGUCACACUGCUUCCCAAAGUGGCAGACAAAAACAUAAAACUUGAAGUGAAUGGGGAAGGCGGCUCACAGCAGGUCCCUCUGAACUUUGGAGACACUGUGGUGGAGAUCUCAGUCUGUUCAGCAGAUGGCAGUAAUUCACAGGUGUACACACUGUUGGUGACUCGCAAGCUGAUUCCCAUGGCCGUGACCUUCGCUGAUGAGAAGCAGCAGCUGGACUACGAAUGCCCAGUAUCUCUGACUGCCUUUUAUAGGCCUGUAUCUAUCAACCACAGUGACCCAAAGCACAUCUUGUCAAGGCCUUAUAUUGAGAUGCUUGCACGGCGAUCAAAGGUCGAUCCACUUAACGACUGUCCUUUGGGAGAUGGCUGGAAGGUUGUUGAGCUGGACCUCGACAGGAAGAUGUCGGCUGCUCUGGUCAAUUGUUUCUUUGCUUACCGAGGAUGUGGUGGUGUGAUGAAAUUGUCUGAGCUGGGGUCUCACUCUGUGGACUGUCCACACAAGCCCACAGGGUACCUGGAUGCAAAGGAUGUGACAGAGACAGGCUGGUACAAGAAGCACUUUGCAUCAUCCGGUUGUUUGGAGCUCGAGACAAAACACACUUUGGAGGUACGUAGCUGGGAGAAAAGACUACAGAUGACAAUAGGAGAAGACAACGUGGAUAAACUGUGUGCCCUGGCCCAGGAUCACCUGAAAGUCUACCGACAACACCUGCCAAAGCCAGGGGACAUGUUGCAGUAUAAGGACGACCAGUCUCCUCUGCAUAGCCUGGAGCAGGCUGCUGCCCACUAUGCAUCAGCUAUCAGACUCAGCUCCAGAGAUGCCAGGCUCCACUUCCUGCUGGGUGUCGUUCUGGAGGAGCAGCACUAUGCUACAGAGAUCUACGGCCUCCAGAGGAAGGCUGAUGGAGACAGAGAUGAAUUAAGCGACGCCAAAUCUACAGCACGUCAGGAUGACAUCCUGGCUGUGUGCAAACUCCAUGGUUACCUCGGCACGCCCACAGUGCAGAACCAGCUGCAGGCCUUGGAUAAAGAGUACCAGCAGCUCAAAGAGCAGGGACAAUCCAGCAAAGCAGACUAUGUCCAGACACUCUACAUCUGGCUCUCUAAAAAAACUGGGAAGAUGAGUUUGGAUAGCCAUGCAGCCGUGCAGGAUGAAGAGAGCUGUGUUCACCGUGCCCUGAUGAAGUACCUGGAUGCCUGGUCCCUGAGUCCUGACAGCUGGGAGUACAACCUCCAUGUAGGAAGGCUGCUGCUGCUUCGGGGCAGGAGCAGAGAAGCCCUGCAGCACCUCCAGAGCGGUCUGGCUCUGCAUCCCCUUCAUCCUGCACUCAGAUUCUUCACAGGGCUGGCUCUGCUGCAGCAGGAACAGAAGGCCUCUGAGGACACAGAGAAGGAGGCUGCCCUGUUCUUACAACAGGGACUGGAGCACUUUGUCAGCCAGCGAUGCAGCAAGAGCUGGGUGGAGCAGGGUCUGUCAGAGCCUCUGUCAAGCCUUAAUACACAGUUCCUCCGAGGCCUCCUCACUCUGGGCCAGCUGCAGCAGAGGAACACCCUGUCUGGGAAGGCCAUGAGUGCAGAACAAGUGUAUCACACUGUGGCAGUGCUGACUGCCCAGAGUGUGAGUCAGUGUGUGUGUCGUGGCAAGGCGAGCGGGGAGCUGGAGUGGGUGCUCCUGGAUGCUCAGUUCGCCCUGCUGCAGAGGCUGAUCCAGCAGGGCAAGCGCCAGGCCAAGCCAGGCACAGAGAGACAAUCCCUGACGGCAAAAAGAUGCCAGGCCCUCACAGCUCUCAUACGCCUCACCUCUAUCGCCCCCUGUCAGGAGCUGCUGGACAUGCAGGAGAAGGCAUGCCAGCUAGCAGUAGUAACCACACCGCGGAGCAGUCACGCCCUGUGUCUUCUGGGUCAGGUACAGCUGGCUCAAUAUGAUAACAACCCAAAGUCAGACAGGUCAAAGGAAGCCAUAACUGAUGCCUGCCUCAGCUUCCAGGCCAGCAUCGAGCUGGAACACAAGAGUCAGAGUGGAGAGCCAAUUGAACAGCUGAGCAGACAAAAGUGGUGGCAGGACUGGCAGGAGGAGGAAAACAAGAAGGCUGCCACGCAGUCCAUCACCCACCCAGCGGGAGUGAAGGGGCCUUCUGACACCACUAUGGCCAAGAGAGGCGUUAAACAGGGCAGAGGGGGACCUGGUCAAGGGCGGGUGGCAGCAGCUGUAACCAAAGGUCCUGCUGCUACGCCCCCAGCACCCAUCAGGGGAGGGAAAGCUGCCCGUCCUCCAGCCAAAACCCCUGCAGCCAGGGGGAAAGCUGGAGCAGGAACCAAGCCAGAUAAAUCCUCUAAACCUUCCAACAACAGUCCUAAACCCCAGUUCGCUGCCAGCAAGUCUAAACAGGAAUGUUGCCCAGAUACUGCUGAGAUAGCGGAAGAGCCUGCUGUGGCGGACAGAGCGAGCAUUUCCGGUCCAGUGAACCGAAGGUCUCAUGUCUCACGACUGGGUCUGGCCCGCGCCUUCUCCCGCUCUGCAGACACCCAGGACCAGGCGAAGCAGCUCUACCACGAGGUCAUCUCCAUGGCACCAGGGGUCCAUGAUGCCUACAUCGAGCUGGCGCAGCUGCUGGAGCCAUCAGACCCUCAGGCUGCGGUGGAGGUGUACUGCAGAUUCCCCCUGAGGCCUGUGGCCGAGCAAAGUUUCGAUGAUGCAUUCAUCACAGGAGAGAUCGUCCGCAUGCUGAUGUCGCUGGAGCAGUACGACCACCCGCAGCUUGGCCUCAGCCUCGUGGCGUACGGCAAAGUCAUGGGCCUAAGUUGCAUAGACAAAUACAUCAACAUCUUGGAUGAAAAGUCCAUGACAAAGCUGCUGAAGAGUGUCUAUGCUAAGAUCCAUGACAGACAGGAGGACGAUCAGGACCUACAGGACUUCUUCAAGUUCAGAUGCUGGCUAUAAUAAUGCUUGUGACCC